AUGGGUUGGUUAUGCCAAAUUCUUGGGGGCAAAAGAGGCGACAAGAAGUUGUUUAGGUUAGCCAAGAUUAGGGAGAGGAAGGCUCGGGAUCUGGACCAAGUACGGUGCAUCAAGGACGAAAAUGGUAAGGUUCUGGUGGAAGAGGGAUGUAUCAGGCAUAGAUGGCAGGAGUACUUCCAUAGGCUCUUGAACGAGGGAGGGAACAGGAACAUCAUGCUAGAUGAGUUGGAGAAUUCAGGGAGUCAGAGGGAUUUUGGGUUUUGUAGGCGUAUUAGGAGCAUAGAAGUGGAGGGGGCGAUGCGGAAGAUGUGCAAGGGUAAGGCUACUAGGCCAGAUGAGAUCCUAGUGGAAUUUUGGAAGGGGUAUCAAGCUGUUGAGUCAUAUAUGACAAUAUGGGAGAGGGUGGUGGAGAUGAGGGUGCGACGUGGUGUUACUAUUUCCGAGAACCAGUUUGGAUUUAUGCCAGAACGGUCUACGACAGAAACCAUUCACCUUGUGAGAAGAUUGGUGGAGCAGUACAGGGAGAGGAAGAAAGACUUGCAUUUGGUAUUCAUCGACCUAGAGAAGGCCUAUGAUAAAGUCCCGCGAAAGGUCCUAUGGAGAUGUUUGGAGGCUAGGGGUGUCCUGGUGGCAUACAUUAGGACGAUUAAGGACAUGUACGAGGGAGCGAAGACUCGGGUGAGGACUGCGGGAGGAGACUCGGACCAUUUCCCAGUGAAGAUGGAAUUACAUCAAGGAUCGGCUCUUAGCCCCUUUUUGUUUGCCUUAGCGUUAGAUGAGCUAACACGUAACAUACUAGGAGAGGUGCCAUGGUGUAUGCUAUUUGCUGAUGACAUAGUCCUGAUUGACGAGAUGCGAGGCGGAGUUAAUGCUAAAUUGGAAGUUUGGAGACAAACGCUGGAGUCUAAAGGUUUCAAGUUGAGUAGGUCGAAAACUCAAUACUUGGAGUGCAAGUUCAGUGAGGGGAUGCAUGAAGAAGAAGUGAGGAUUGGUAUUCAGGUCAUCCCUAGAAGAGACAGUUUCAAGAAUAAGAAUGAAGUUAAUAGGGAGAAGGUAGGUGUAGCAUCUGUGGAGGACAAGUUGCGGGAAUCGAGGCUAAGGUGGUUCGGGCAUGUGAGGAGGAGAGGCAUGGAUGCUCCGGUGAGGAGGUGUGAGAGGUUGUCCAUGGCGGGUCUGAAGAAGGGAAGGGGUAGGCCCGAGAAGUAUUGGGGAGAGGUUGCAGACCCGCAAAAUCGUCCAUUGAAAGCAAUCACAAGUUACAAAGCGGAGUUGGAGAGUGAGUUGAUAAGGAGAGAUAUCAGAGGUUGGUUGGAAGACUAA